AUGAAGUUGAAUCUUUUAGCUGUUGCUAUAUUAGUUGCAUCUACAGGUGCUUUACCAUGCAAAGAAACUACUAUUCCUAUCCCUACAUUGACAUUGCCUAUUGUGCCUGAUAAGCCAACAACUCAUGAAGUAACUACUCCAGAAAAACCUAACUUUACUUUACCUAUUAUUCCUGGUAAACCAACUACUCCAUGUGAGCAUACUACUCCAGGUAAACAUACUUACCCAGGUAAACCAACCACUCCAUGUGAUCAUACUACUCCAGGUAAACAUACUUACCCAGGUAAACCAACUACUCCAUGUGACCACACCACUCCAGCCAAACCAACUACUCCAGGAAAACCAGGUAAGCCAACUACUCCUUGUGACCACACUACUCCUGGAAAGCAUACUUUCCCUACCAUCCCAGGUAAACCAACUACUCCAUGUCAUCAUACUACUCCAGGAAAACCAGGUAAACCAACCACUUCAGUUGAAACUCCAUACACCACCGAGACUGCUAGCUCUACAACUGUGAUAACUAUUACAUCAUGUAACAAAGCCAGAUGUAUUAAAACUUCUGCAACCACUGGUGUGACUGUUGUAACCGAAACAACAGAUAAAGUCAUUACCACUUACACUACUUACUGUCCUUUAACCCACACAAAGCCUGUCCAUAAGACAACCACUCCAUGUACUACUCCUGCUGAAACUACUCCGGGUAAACCAAAUACUCCAGAGGAAAGCACCCCAGCUGAAACUACUCCAGCUGAAACUACUCCAGAAGAAACUACUCCUGCUGAAACUACUCCUGCUGAAACUACUCCUGCUGAAACUACUCCUGCUGAAACUACUCCAGAGGAAUCCACUCCUGCUGAAACUACUCCUGCUGAAACUACCCCAGAGGAAUCCACUCCUGCUGAAACUACUCCUGCUGAAACUACCCCAGAGGAAUCCACUCCUGCUGAAACUACUCCAGAAGAAAGUACCCCAGCUGAAUCCACUCCAGCUGAAACUACUCCAGAAGAAACUACUCCUGCUGAAACUACUCCAGAGGAAUCCACUCCUGCUGAAACUACUCCUGCUGAAACUACCCCAGAGGAAUCCACUCCUGCUGAAACUACUCCAGAAGAAAGCACCCCAGCUGAAUCCACUCCAGCUGAAACUACUCCAGAAGAAACUACUCCAGCUGAAACUACCCCAGAGGAAUCCACUCCUGCUGAAACUACUCCUGCUGAAACUACUCCAGAAGAAACUACUCCAGCUGAAACUACUCCUGCUGAAACUACUCCUGCUGAAACUACCCCAGAGGAAUCCACUCCUGCUGAAACUACUCCAGAAGAAAGUACCCCAGCUGAAUCCACUCCAGCUGAAACUACUCCAGAAGAAACUACUCCUGCUGAAACUACUCCAGAGGAAUCCACUCCUGCUGAAACUACUCCAGAGGAAUCCACUCCUGCUGAAACUACUCCAGCUGAAACUACUCCAGAAGAAAGCACCCCAGCUGAAACUACUCCAGAAGAAAGCACCCCAGCUGAAUCCACCCCAGUUGAAUCUACUCCAGCUGAAAUAACUUCCUAUACUACUGAGACAGCCAGCUCUACAACCAUAGUGACAAUUACAUCAUGUGAUGACAAUGGCUGUAAAACAACCUCUGCAACCACUGGUGUGACUGUUGUAACCGUAACAACAGAUGAAGUCAUUACCACUUACACUACUUACUGUCCUUUAACCCACACAAAGCCUGUCCAUAAGACAACCACUCCAUGUACUACUCCUGCUGAAUCCACUCCUGCUGAAUCCGCUCCAGUUGAAAGCUCUUCUGCUCCAGCUGAAACUACUCAAGCUGAAACUACUCCAGCUGAAACUACUCAAGCUGAAACUACUCCAGCUGAAACUACUCAAGCUGAAACUACUCCAGCUGAAACUACUCCAGCUGCAACUACUCCAGCUGGAACUUCUACUGAUACUCCGGUCGAAAGCUCAUCCACUACAACAUAUGUAUUCAAUGGCCUUGUUGAAGAGCCUAAGAAACCUGAAUUAGAGGAUGAAGAAGUUAUCACUACACACACUAGUGUUACAUCUUACGUAACCAUUACACCAGUUCCAACCACUGUCUCAUCCACACCUGCAUCAUCAACCUCUCCAGUAGAUGUUCCUACUUCUUCAGGAGUUCCUGCCUUUGAAGGUUCUGCUGGUUCAAUGACUAUACCUACAACUGGAAUUCUUUCUUUUGUCGCAAUUUUACUUUCUAUCAAUUUCUAUUAG